AUGAACGAUAAAUUGGAGUGCAAAAAAAAGUAAAUUGGAGAAUAUAUUUUCGAAUUCUCGUAAGAAAUAGGUUCUGGAUACUCAUCCAAAGUCUAUAAAGGGUAAAAUAUAAAAACUCACCAAGUUGUUGCUAUAAAGGUAGUUAGUUCUUAAUCAUAUACAACACCUAUCCAAAAAUCACUCCUAAAAAAUGAAGUAGCCAUAUUGUUAAAAAUCGAUCAUCCUCACUUACUGAGAGUUUAUGAAAUCAGUUAGAGUGCAAACAACACUUAUAUUAUUAGUGAAUUAUGCAAUGAAGGAUGCUUAGAAUAGUAAAUGAAAAAAAAAGAAUUAACAACUGAAAAAGUGUUAUCAAUUUUAUUUUAGGUUUCUAAAGGUGUAGAAGCUUUGCAUGAAAAAAGUAAGAUUUAUAAAAUAUUUAGAAAUUAUCCAUAGAGAUAUAAAGCCAGCUAACAUUCUAAUUAAGGAUGGUAUUUAUAAAUUAGCAGAUUUCGGGUUUGCCUUAAUUGAAGAUGAAAUUGAAAGUAUAAUAAAAAGAUUUAAUGUCGGGACACCUAUGUAUAUGGCCCCAGAAAUUACGUUAACCAAUUAAUAUUCAGAAUUUAGUGACAUUUGGGCUUUAGGAAUCAUGUUAUAUGAAAUGUUAUUUAAUUGCAUACCUCCAUAUAAAUAAGAAAUAAAAAAAUUUCAUGAAGAUAUUUUGAAAAAAUGUCAAAAUUAGGAAUUCAAAUACUAAUCGAUAAUAAAAUCAUUGCUAUUUGGAAUGCUUUAGAUAAAUCCUUAAGACAGACUCAAUAUUACCUAAGUUAUCUAAAUUUUGAGAUAAUAACAAAAGUAAAGCGAUACAAUUUCUCCAAGAGUUCAAUCUCCUUUAUAAAAACUAAAUUAUCAAUUUGUCUAAUCGAAUCUCAACUCUCCUCUUUCAAAUUCUAAGUAACCAUCACCAUAAGUGAGCUAAAGAUAAAAAUACUAAUAAUAAAUUUAUUCUCAUAACAAAGCUUCAUCAUUUGAUCAGAAUAAGUUUGAUUUCUAAUAAAUAUUUUAAAAAACUGAUUGUAAAGUUAAUUCUUUAUCUGAUUUUACAACUAAUGAGGAUCUCAUAAAAAAUACUUCAAAUACAAAAAAUGAAAAUCUUGAAUUAUUCGGAUAGAUAUCAACAGAAUGUUCUUUCUCAACUUAAGGAUUAAAAUAAUAGCAAUAAAAAUAAAAGUUGCAAUAUUAAUAGAAAUAAUUACCAGCUAUUAUUCUUCCAACAUUUAAUUUUUGUUAGUUUUUGGAAAAUGUAAUUAAUAAUAUGAACACUUAAAAUGAACAAAAAUAAAAAUGCUAUUUUCUUUUUAGAAAAUUGUUAGCAAUUAAAGCAAAGGUAUUCUAUUCUUUUGCUCCAAAAUAAUUUAAAGAAUAAUUAAAUUUGUGGAUUAAUUAGUUAAACUACUAUUACGAAAAAGUUGAGCACAUUUUGAAUUUUACUAUGGAUAAUACAUUUUUAAUAUUUUUUAAUAUUCAAUUAGAAGAUUAGGGAAAGUUGCUAAGCAUGUAUUUAAUUAGUCUGUUAACUCAAAUUAUUAUUAAAGAAUAAAAUAAAGAUUUCAAAAUCAUAAUUGAUAUAUUGCAAGAAAAUGUUAAAUAUCAAAAUGAUCCAUUCCUAUUUGCUAGAAAAUGGGCUAACAAUCAAUAGAAAUGA